AUGAGCAGUGCACCGAACCCAUCUGGGGGAUACGCAGGGUCAGGCUACGGCGGUAGAGGUGGCGGACCUAGAUCUAUUGAAGACCGAUCUGUGGCAAAAGAACAAAUGAUGCAAUCGGUUCGCGAGUCUUCGCAGCAAGACCGCCGUGUCUAUGUCGGCAAUUUGGCUUACGACGUCAAAUGGCAUCAUCUCAAAGAUUUCAUGAGACAGGCUGGAGAAGUUCUCUUCGCCGAUGUCUUACUUCUUCCGAAUGGAAUGUCGAAGGUGGGCGCCAUUGUGAUUGUGGAAUACGCAACUAGGGAACAAGCCCAACAAGCAAUCCAAACUCUAAGCAAUCAGAGCCUCAUGGGUCGUCUCGUCUAUGUCCGAGAGGAUCGCGAAACUGAGCCACGCUUCACCGGUCCUUCCAACCGCGGAGACUUUGGUGGUGGCCCAAGAGGUGGCGCUUACGGCGGAGGCUACGGCGGCAUGGGUGGUGGCAUGGGCGGUGGUGGUGGUGGUGGCGGUGGAGGCCGCCAGCUCUACGUCUCCAAUCUCCCCUUCAAUGUCGGUUGGCAGGAUCUGAAGGACUUGUUCAGACAGGCUGCGCAGGAAGGUGGUGUCAUCCGAGCGGAUGUCCACGUCGACGCCACUGGACGUCCCAAAGGAACCGGUAUUGUCGCUUUCGAAUCUCCAAACGACGCCCGCAACGCCAUUCAACAAUUCAACGGUUAUGAUUGGCACGGUCGCGCCCUCGAAGUCCGCGAAGACCGUUACGCAGGCGGUGGUCCUGGCAUGGGCCAUGGUGGCCGCGGAGGAUUCCAAGGCGGCUUUGGCAUGCGUGGUGGCUUCCAAGGCGGCUACGGUGGUGGCAGAGGCGGCUUUGGCGGUCGCGGUGGCUUUGGCGGUGGCGGCUUCGCGCGAGGCGGCUACGGAGGUGGUGGUGGCUACGGAGGUGGCGGCUACGGAGGUGGUGGUGGCUAUGGUGCUGGUGGCGGUGGCGGCGGUCCCCCCAUGGGUCCCGGCCCUGCUAGUCACGAACCGGUCGCUCCCAACCCGUUCACCGAUUUUGCAACCUCUGGAGGAGAGAAGAGCCAGACCAUCUAUGUCCGAAACCUACCAUGGUCUACCAGUAACGAAGACUUGGUUGAGCUCUUCACCACAAUCGGCAAGGUGGAGCGCGCUGAGAUCCAGUACGAACCGAGUGGACGAUCCCGGGGAUCAGGCGUGGUGGAGUUCGACAGUCCCGACAAUGCUGAGAUGGCUAUCUCGAAGUUCACUGGCUACAUGUAUGGCGGCCGUCCCCUCGGACUGUCCUAUGUCAAAUACACCAACGCCAAUGGCAACGAGGCAAUGGAAGGACAAGAAGCUACUGGUGGCAUGACGCAAGACCAGAUGAUGUGA